AUGGAGGCAAAAGUGAGGAAGAAAAAGCAAGUAGAAUUUUACUCUGAAAAUCAAUUUUGCCAUCCAUUGUUCGAGCUUUUUUCCCCAUACCUAUUCAAAAAAAUUGAAGACUUGAAAAAGAACAUCGAGAAUUUAUUGCACGAUGGAAAUACAUUGCUUGAUCUGGAUAACAUAAAAAAGUCUUUAACCAAAUUGGAGAUAUAUUCAUAUGACAAUGAAAAACAAAUGGGUAUCGAUUUGGAACAUCUGGAAAAUGUUACUUGUGUCCACAACGAUAUAAUGUGUACACAACUAAAGAAGGAACUUUUGAAGCAGAAGAAUUUGAACUGUUCUUUAUCUCUAAAGCUUCGAAGUAUACACAUCAAGUUAAGUAACCUUUAUGCCAAGAGAGACGAAUUAGAAAAUGUGAUACAAAACAAAGUGAGAGAAAUCGAGCAUCAGUUCCUCAUUUUGGCAGAUGGUCUUGACAAGAGGGUGCCUCAGACAUCCACAAAAGAGGACGAAUUGACACACGAUACAAUUAAGAAAGAUUUUAUAAUACAGAAGAAUGAGGAAGAAUCAAAACAAAAAGACAUCACACUUGAGAAGUUAAGACAAAGAAUAACAGAAUAUGAAAAAAACAUUCAAGUGCACGAAGCAGAAAGGGCGAAAACUGAUUUAGAGAUAAAACAUUGUAAGGAGAAAUUAAAUGAAGAAAUUAAAAAAAAUAAAAUUUUUUUAAAUAAAAUAAAAACAUACGAAAUAAAUUUGGGAAUUGUAAAAAAUGAAAGCACAAGAAAUCUGAAUGAAUUAAAUGAACUGAAAUUUGAGUUGCAAAAAUGUAAAAUCAUAAGCAGUAAAGUAAAAAUAAAAAACAAGCUAUUACACGAUGAACAAAUUAGCUUAACACAAACCAAUACAAAAUUGAAAGUGCAACUACAACGACUCAAUGUGUACUUAACUAAUUAUAGACGUAUAGAAUCUCUCUUUUCAAAUUUUUCCAGGAAAAUAAUCAACAUAGUCCUGUUCCUUAAGAACAAUCAUGCAAUUGGAGUAAGUAGUGCACGUAUCAUCUGUGGAACUUUUGAUUUGCCCAUUCCUGCACGAUGCAGUAAUACCUUGGGGAGUGGGAUCCCCUCCCACACGCUAGAUCACGCUGUGGAUGAAAAGGUGAACAACCAUCUCGAAGACACACUAGAUGGUACAUUAGAUGGUACACUAGGUGGUACACUAGAUGGUACACGAGAUGGUACACGAGAUGAUACACUAGAUGAUACACUAGAUGAUACACUAGUUGAUACACUAGUUGAUGUAGUGGAUGUCAUAGAGGGCAACAAGCUCUUGAAUCCAUUGCAGAACCGAUCGAUCACUCCAGUUGGUUAUCCCGUAGAAGGAAAUGCUCUUCAGACUUUACCCCUCGUUAGAAAUUCCACAUCUACCAAGAUAGAGUUGUAUGUAGAUGCCAUUUCUGCAUCCGUUCGAGAUUUGGUUCGAAUAAAGCAUAACUUCCAGAGAGAUGAACUUGAACGAAUCAAAAUCGAAAUGAAAGAAGCAAGGCGAGAACUGCAAAAGAAACAAAGGAGCUACGAAGAAAUGAAGCAAAAGGUGAAUCAAAUGGAAAAAACAGAACAAGAGAAAAAGGAAGAAAUUAUGAACGUGAAGGAAAAUGACAAACGGAUGAUUGUUCAUCUACAGGAAAAGUUAAAAGGUGAAGAAAUAACAAAUAUAGAAUUUAAAAACAUAAAUCAUGGGAACAUGAUAAAAAUUAGAAAAUUAAAAAGGAGAGAAUAUAAAAUGAUGUUCGAAAUUGAUAAACUGAAAAGAUAUAUACAAGAAAAUAAAUCCAAUUUAGAAAGAGAAAAACAAAUGAGUAUUAAAAAAUUAAAGUAUAUGAAAAAUAGAAAUAUUCAACUGGUAAAAAAUUUAAAUGUUAUAAAUGAUGAAUUGAAAAGGUGUGUAUGUAAAGUCAACACUGUAAGUAAGAACAUCGAAACUGUAGAAAGAGAAAAGGAACAAGUUAAAAACAAAUUGAACAUAAUUAAAGAACAAAAUGAUGAACUUACAAAAGAAUUACAAUCAUUGAAGAAACAAAAAGGGUUAAUGAAAAUGAAGGUAUAUGCACAUAACAAGAAAAUUGGGAAAAUAAAUGACAAACUUAGCUCUGCAAGCAACAGAUUCAACAAAAUUGUAAAGCAUCUACACAAAUGUAAUGAAGAAUACAAAGAAGAAUUAGUUCGAAAGAAUGAAAAAAUAGAAGUAUUAAAAAAAUAUCAAAAUGAAUUAAAAAAUGAAAUAAUAGAAAAAGAAAAAAAAUUAGAAAAAAAUGAAAAAUGCAUCCAAAAAAUGGAAAUUCAAAUGAAAACACACGUAAAACAGAACGCUGUUCUAAAUGAUGAAAUUGAGAGAAGGAAUUUGUUUAUAAAAAAUAACGAAAAAAAAAUUAAUAUACUAACCAAUAUUGAAAAUGAUUUAUUAAAAAAAGAAGAAAUUAAUCAAAUCAAAUUGACAGAAAAACAAAACGCAAUUAAAAAUAAUCAAAUCGAACUCAGACAUGUCAAAACAGAAAAUGGAAAACUAAAUUAUGUUAUUAAUGAGCUAAAAAAAAAACUAAUUAAUGAAGAAUUUAAAAGUAAAGAAAUUCGCAAGGAAAUUGAAAAUUUAAAUAAAGAAAAAAAUAAAGAAAUUACAAAUAUACAAAACCUCUUGGAAGAAAAAGAAAAAUCACUUCAAACAGUACUACAACAAUUUCACGAUUUAAAAUGUGAAAAAAUAAAUUAUCAAACUGUUAUGGAAAAAGAUUUAGAACAGCUAAAGAACCAACUAUUAGAAUUUAAAUCCUCUAAUGAAGCAUACCAUGACACAAUAAAACAGAUGGAGAAAAAUCUCGACCAAGCUAAUGAAAGACUCAAAAAAGAGACAUCCUCAAAUGAAGAAAAAAAUAAACAAAAUUUACAACUGUCGAAUGAGUUAAACAAUUGCAAAAGAAAAAUAAAAGAGAAGGAAGAAGAAAUGGAGGAAUUUAAAAAGGAAAAAACGCUUUCAUAUCUUCAAAAAAUUGAUGAAUAUACACAAAAUGAAGAAAAAUUAAAACAAAAGUUUGAAAAAGAAAUAGAACAAAUGAAAAUCCAAUUUCGUGAACAAAUGGAAAUACAGAAAGUAAUGCACGAAAAAGAGAUUAAAGAAUUAACUUCUCAGAACAAGGUAGACGUUGAAAAGUUAAAUAAAGAAAUCCAAUAUCAAAAGGAGAGUAAUCAAAAGAAUGUAGAAUCUCUAACCCAAAGACACAAAGAAAUGGUAAACAAAAUUCAAGAAGAAAAUCAAAAUGAAAUUAAUAAAAUGAAAAAAAUUUGCCAAGAAAACAAACAAAAUGAAAUUCUCAGAAACGAAAAUGAAAAAAUAUUAGAAAACAAAAUUGAAGAAUACAAUUUACUCUUGAAAGAAAAGGAUGAGGAACUUAUGCAAAUUAUUCAGCAAUACGACAAAAAAUUGCAAACACAAAAUAAAGAAAUGGAAAUACUAGUGGAAGAAUGUGAGAAGAAGCUCAGAGAAACUCAAAUAAGCAAGAGAGGAGGAGGAGGAGUAGAAUGGGACAGUAGUAGGAAAAGCACAGAUGUAUUCCCAAGUGGCGGUGAUCAUACCACCACAACAUCACAUGAUUCUAACACAAACAAUAUUCGAAAUACAUCAAGCAUUAACAACAUGAUGAAUGCUUGUGACAUGACUAAUAUGGAAGAACGUCUGAGAGAGAAAGAGGAAAAAAUUAUGGAAAUGCAAAACGAAUUGCUAGGGUUGAAAAUGGAAAUAUCUGAGUUGGUGCAAAAAAAUCAUGUUCUACUAGUAAGCAAAGAAAAAGCAGAUAAAGAAAUCUCCAACUUAAGGAAAGAAAAUGAAAGACUCAAAGAGGAACUUGUAAUGGAUGUUUCUCUACAGAUGGGUGGAAGUAACAUGGAUAAUGUUGGCUCGUUCUUACAUCAGAAAAGUUCCAAAAGUCUCGAGAAAAAGAAAAAAAAGAGAAAUGAAAAAGGGGAAUGUAAUGACCAAGGGGAAUCUGACAUUUGUGAGGGUACUAAUCUGGAAGGGGAGGAAAAUUCUGAGAGGGAGACGAAGAAAAAGACGAAGAUGAAGAAAAAGAAAAAGAAAAAAAUAAAUCAAAGUGGAGAAAGUGAUGGAGCUACACAAGAACAUUCUCAUGGAGAUGAAACACUCCUACGUGGAGAUGCAGAUGGAACAUCUAUCAUCAGCACCUUCAGGGGUAAAGAGGAAGAUUGUUACUUGUAUCUGAAAUCUAUAAAUGAUAAACUUGAUGAAAUUGUGGAUAGAUUAAAGUCGAAGGAAGGAGAUCCACUCUUGAUCAAUGAUGCUUUUAACAAGAUAAAUUUGGCCAUAUCCACGUGGAACUUGUUUUCUGACACGAAUACAGCCGAAGCGGGGGAAGCAGCAGAUGUGAUGGCAAAUGUGACAGAAGAUGAGGAAUCUGGGGUAGCAAAUAUGGACGAGCCGACGAAUGAAGAGAAUCUAAAUGAUGGAGACAUGAUAGAACUUAGCUUCACGGAUGAACGAUAUGAAAAUAUUAAAAGGGAAGUUAUAGAAAAGGUUGAACUCAUUCGUCAGAUGGUUUGA